AUGAAGUUAAGGAAUAUUAAAAAAAAUGACAAAAUAAAUGGAAAAUGUAUUAAAGUAAAAAACAAAAAAAUAGGAAAUAAAUGGACACAAAAUGAAAAAGGUGAAAGAGAGAAAAAAAAAAAAAAUAGUAAAAUAAUACAUAUUGAAUAUCUAGAGGACAGAAAUGAAAAGAAAAAUAAAAUAUUAAAUAAAACAAAUAACAAAACAAAAUUUCCCAAAAAAGUACGAUUUACAAAAAUAUGUUCUAAUAUCAAACAAAGUAAACCGAUAAAUAAUAAUCAAAAAGGAACCGUAUUAGUAAAUAUCAAAGAAAAAAUAAAUAUAUUGAAUAAUAAAGAAAUAUUGAAACCACAAAAAAGCAACACAAAUAGUAAGUUAGUAAGCAAUAAUACCAAGCAUAUAAAUUCAGAAGAUACUAAUAAAAAUGGUGCUGUUUUAGCUAGCAAAAAUAAUAAUAAUAAUAAUAAAAACCACAACAUUGUUAACAGAAGUAACAAAUAUGUUGGUACAUUAAAAAAUAACGAUUUGAAUAGGUCGAAAAAUGAAAAUAUGAAGAAAAAUAAUUGGAAAAAAAGUAAAAAAAAAAAUGUAUAUUUAAGUGAAAAUGAAUUAAAUUUGAAUGGGGGGGGAAAAAAAAAAAAAGUUGAAAGGAAUAGAAGGGCAUUUAAAAAAUCCUACAAAACAGAUGAGAAUGACUCUCAUACUUUAUGUAGCAAAAAAGAAACCCUGAACACACAUAAAAAAAAUAUGUCUCGAAUAAAAAAAAAAAAAAAAAUGCAAUAUAAUAAAAUAAAUGAAACAGAAAAUGGGAAAACAACUGUGAUAGAAAAUGAAGAAAUGCUAGGGGCAUAUCAAGAAAUUAAUAAUAAUAAAACCAUACAAUAUUGGGACGAAGAUUUCCUUUUUAAAUCAGAUUAUUUUUUUGAAAAAAAAUUAAAUAAAACAAAAGGAAUACGCACAAAUGAUAUUGGUAACAAUGGUAUGUUUUAUUAUGAUAAACACUCAUUUAGAAGCAAAAAAAAAAUGAUGCUAGUGGUGAAAAAAUUAAAAAAUAAUAAAAUAAAAAGAUCGAUAAAUGAUUUUAUAAAAAAUAAUAGUAUAAAUAAUAAUAAUAUUGCAACUAAUAAUAAAUGUAAUAUUUACAGUUUUGGUAAAGGAAAUUAUCUUUACUCAUUAGAAAGAAUAAAUUGUAAUAAUGAAAAAACAAGUGUAGAUAAUAAAAUAAAACUAAAUUUUGUUGAUGAAAUAAUAAAUAUAAAAAAACAAAAAUUUAUAAUUGGAUCAUCAAAUAGAAAAUGUGAUUUAGUUUUAAAAGGGGAUAUCGAAACAGAACAAUGUGAAUUAAUAUGUAAAUGCGUGCAAAAAAACAUUAAUCAUACAGCCGAUAAAAAUAGACAAAUAAAUAAAUAUAACUUAUUUAUUGUAAAUAAAUCAACAAAUAACAGUACUAUAUUGAAUGAUAUGAUUGUUGAUGUUGAUCAAGUAAAGGAUGAAGAUAGUAUAUUUUUAGGUAUAAAUGAAAUUGAUAAAAAAAACAAUAGCAAAUAUAUUUAUAAAAUUAAAUAUAAUAAACUAGCUAAUAUUUUUAAUAUAAAUAAUGGAAACAAUUAUACCAAAGAUAACAUUAACACCCCAAUGUUAAAUAAAUCAAAAAAACGAAAAGGUAGUAAAAUAGUGUCUAAUAAUUUUUCUUUAAAUAAUAUGAUAGAAGAAGAUGAAUCAAAAAUAUGCAUACUCAUAUUCCUUAUAAUAAAUAAGAAUAAUACUACUGAAAAUACUGGCCUUUUUAUGACAAAUAAUAAUAAUUAUUAUGGAAUAAAUUCUACAAAUAUAUGGAAUGAACCUAUAUAUACAUUGAAUAAUUUAUGUAAUAUUACGAAUUUAAAUAUUACUCCUAAAAAGAGUUUAGACGUCUUAGGAUGCGCUAAUAAUAUAUCAACAAACAAUAUAAAUAAUUCUAUAAAGCAUAAUAAUACUAUUAGCUAUAAUAAUAAUAUACAUGGUCAUUUAAGUUCUAUUGCUAAUUUCAAUUUGUAUAGUAACAAGGGAUCUACUUCUAUUAAUAAAAUGAUAGAGGAAGAUUCACCUAAUACGCAAUUUAACGAAAGUAUUAAAAAAAUAAAUAAAAUAUGCCAAAGCCGAAUUUCUCCAUUAUGCAUAAAAGAUUCAAUAAAAAAAGACGAAAAGGUAAAAGGAUUAUCAAGAACAAGAAACAAUUCUAAAGAACUUCCUGUAACAUUAUUAAAUGCAUGUGCUGAGUUGUGUAAAGAAAUAAAUAAAGGUACAACUAAUGAAAAUAAUAAUGUUAAUCAAAAUAAUUCUAUUACAAAAAAUUCUUCACUUUUUAGUAAUCCGAAUCCGUUAAAAAUAGAAACUUAUCUUGUUAAUAAUGAAAAUAAAUCAGCCCCCCAAAAUAUAAGCAAUAUGCAUAGUAAUGCCCUAAUUAGUUCAGAUUCUGUUAAAAUUCAUAAAAAUGAUUCGAAUUUUAAUAAAGAUGUAUAUCAUAUAAAAAAUAAUACAUCUACAGAAAAUCAAUUUAAAAUUUUGUCUGUAGAAAAAGAGCCAGAUAUUAAUGAAAACAAUGAAAUUUCUUCUGUGACACUAAAUAAAGAAUCCGGUUCUGAAUUAGGAGAAACAAAACAUGUAAGAAAAUAUUUUUUAAAACAAAUUUUUAAUAGAUCAUUUUCCCCAUUUAAGUAUAUAUCUGAAAGGGUAGAUAAAAAAACGAAAAUUGUUACGAAUGGUAAUGGUUACAAUAAAAAUAAUAAUGAGGAUUAUGAACAAAUAGGGGAAAUUGUAAACCUUAGAGAAGAAUUAAAUAUAACUCCUCCAAAAGAUAAGAUAUUUUGUGGGAAAAAUAACGAAGCUUCAUUAAAUGAAUGUAAAGAACAUAAUAUAAUAAAAAAUAAUACUAACAUAAAUGAAAAUAAUCAAAAUAAUGUUAUCGAAAAUAAUCAAGAAUAUAAUAAAAUUGAAAACAGUACAGAAAAAGGAGUAUACUCUCUAUUAUAUUCAAAAAAUAGUGAAAAUAAAUCAUAUAAAGAUUGUGUAUUGUGCCUAAAAAGUGAUGAAGGAAAAGAGACAUACUUAAAAAUAAUAGGUGAAAUUAAAGUAAAAAGAAAUGCUACAUUUUCAGAAAUUAAACAAGAAAUAGAUUCUAAAUUGAUGGGCAAAUCCACAGGAUGCUCGAUAUUAAAUAGUGUUAAUUAUUCAAUUCAUUUAAAUGCAUUUUCAGAAAAAUUAAAUGAAACGAAAUUUAAUGAAUUGUCUGCAUUACAUUUAGAUUAUAUUGACAACACAAAUUUUUCAGACAUAUAUACUUUAGAAUCAUUUGAACUGAAGAAAAUGAUAUUCAUAAAAUAUGAAUAA